ACCCUGAAAAGACUUGCAAAUUCCGCCAACAAAAAAGAAAAGAAAAAACAAGAGCAGAAUAUGAGUAUGUUGAGGCGUAAUUGCUUGAACGCGUUGGGAUCUGUGAGACGUCUCAGCCAUCUCCGAUUUCGAAAUUAUGCAAGCUGCGGCUGUGUCGGAGAUGCCCCGCAAAAUUUGGGUGUUCGGUUGUGGCCCGAAAGACCAUGCUUAUGUGAUUGAGUUUAUUGAUCAGUACUGGGAGACUCUCAUGCCUGGAGAAUCAGUGUUCCUGUUUCCCUGGAUGGGUACAAUUGCUCAUGUGCAGUGUUCCAACGAGAAGCAGCUUAUAGUUCCUGACCACACAGUUUUCACCAACGACCUUUGCCCGGUCACAAUUAGUGGUCUGGUUUCUCUCAAGAUUGAGGAUGUUACGCGGGCCUCGUAUCUUCCUGAAAAUCCUAUGGCUACAGCUAUUAGGUUUGCCCAGACUGCCAUGCGUUCUGCGGUUGGGAAAGUGGCUUAUGAUAAGUUACAUCUCGAAACACGAUACAUCAACAAUUUCAUAUUGAACGAACUCAGCAUUAGAUUCUACUUACUGGGCUUGAGGUGUCUUCAGUUUGAUAUAAAGCUUCCGCAGGAGGUGCUAGAAGGAAUGGAUAUCCGUGCAGCAGUCAAACGCAUCAAACGCAUCAAAGGCAUCGAUGGCGUAAUUCUUGAUGAGUCUCAGAAAGAAGAGCUACACGGCCUUCACCAAGCCUUGUCAAAGAAUGUUGAGGAAACCAGUGGGACACGUGCUGCUGCUUGAGUAAUGUUGCCAAACAGGUGGAAACAGAACCAUGAACUUUGUUUAUAUACUCGCAUCACAAAAAGCUUUGUUUAUAUACUUUUUAAAUUUGAUAAAAUUAUUUAUAAGGCAUUGGAUGGGUGAACUGGAAACCUUUUUCCUGGUGCUGUUGUUCCAACAGGAAGCUUUGUUUAUAUACUUUUUAAAUUUGAUAAAAUUAUUUAUAAGGCAUUGGAUGGGUGAACUGGAAACCUUUUUCCUUGUUCCAACAGGAGAUCUGAGAAAGGGGUGCCAGGUCAACCCAACGUUGUUUACUAAUUAACACCACCUACAAACUAAGGGGGGUGUAUUGUAUAUGGAAUUAGUGGAAGUUUUAAAGAAA